AUACUAGGUCAAAGGUCAUUGUUCAUUUUUCGUUCGGAUGACUACUCUGGCUUAAAACUAUCCCGUGCCAUUGUCCGAGAGAGAAAAUCCUAUGGUCCGUGAGUUGUCAUUGUCUAGACCUGGAGCUAGCAAGUCACACAUUCCAUACCAGCAAUAUCGAAUCACGAACCGAACUGGCCGUCGGCAGAAAAAUUGAUAGAGAACAGAAGGAAUAGGAAAGAUGGCUUCCUUCUUGAAUACAAUGUGUGUACCUCUUUCUGCUACACUCAGAUCUUACCUCCAAGCACACACGAUACAUCUACCAUGUCUACACUGAGCGCUGGUACUGGCACUCUUAGCCACUCCGACUCAACUAAAACAAUCAAAGCCCGUCAUCAUUAUCUUCCCAUCGAACCUCCAUCCUACUUAUCAACAGCCGUUCGUGGUCUCAAGGGCAGCUUACACGUACUAACACCACCUAGUAAUGCUCGCACAAAGGGACCGUUCAAACCUCGCUCAUCAAGAGGGACGACGAGCUAUCAACUCCGCAAGUUUGCAGAAGAGACCUUAGGCAGUGGGAGUUUGCGGAAGGCUGUCAAAUUACCUGAGGGGGAGGAUGUGAAUGAGUGGCUGGCCGUUAAUGUGGUCGACUUUUACAAUCAGAUCAAUUUGCUUUAUGGCUCAAUUACGGAGUUUUGCUCGCCGCAAUCAUGUCCCGAGAUGAAGGCUACAGAUGAAUUUGAGUACCUCUGGCAAGACUCGGAGAACUACAAACGACCAACAAAAAUGUCCGCACCAGAAUAUAUUGAACAUUUAAUGGCCUGGGUUCAAGGCAACAUUGAUAAUGAGCAGAUGUUUCCCAGCCGAACUGGCGUCCCAUUCCCCAAAACAUUUCCUGCACUCAUCCGCCAGAUGUUCAAACGUCUUUACCGCGUGUAUGCCCACAUCUACUGCCACCAUUACCACGUCAUCCUCAAACUAGGUCUUGAGCCGCAUCUCAACACAAGUUUCAAGCAUUAUGUGCUGUUCAUUGAUGAGCAUACCUUAGCCAGCGGCAAGGACUUUUGGGGUCCAUUGGGAGACUUGGUGGAGAGUAUGUUGAAGAGUGAUUAAUCUUUUCUUCCGGGUAAUUAUUGGACGAGGCAUGGGUAUCGUACUGAGUUGUGUUUAGCAUUGCAUAUGGGUUUUCUAUCAUAUUCUCGACUUGUGUGAUUAUCGGGCGUUUUUUAUUGGGAUUUCUUACAUUCAUUAUCACCUUUUCUCGAUGUUGAGGUGAUAGCUUCAUUUCUGUCCAUUGCAUCGUAUGAUUUCUCAUGGAUUACUGCUUAUUACAUAAAGGGGAUGAGCAUUUCACUUUCGGGGUUUAAUUCAGUAGAUUUCUCCUGUUUUCCUCUUUUCAUGUAUUAAUGAAUAAAUAUUCUUCAUGGAUCUUUCAUUAUAUUGUAUGAAGAUGGGUCAUGAGGCACGUGGCAUCCUAGCCCAAAUUACCCCGAAAUAUGGAAUCAUUAGCACCUGUC